GAAGAUGGCGGCGCCCAGCGUGGCGGGGCUGGGCCGGCGGCUGCGGGCCUGGGUGCCCCGGCUGAUGCAGGUGAGAUGGAGCCGCUACAACCCCAGUUACUUGGAGCCAGAAGUGAACAAGGAAUUGUACCAGAAACCUUUGGAGGAGCUGACUGAGGAGGAAAAGGAACAAAUGGACCUCAAGGCUGUUCGACCCAUCAAAGCUGCUCCUCCCACUCUGUCCAGCUCUGUGUUCAGCGACCCCAUGAUCAGUAAAUUCACCAAUAUGAUGAUGAGGGAUGGAAAUAAAGUGCUGGCCAGAAGCCUCAUGACUCAGACUUUAGAGGCCAUUAAGAGGAAGCAGCUGGAGAAGUACCACAAAGCUCCAGAAAAUGAGAAGGAGACAAUUGAAUGCAACCCCCACGUCAUUUUCCACCAGGCUCUGAAGAACUGCCAGCCCAUCAUUGGGCUCAGCAACAUCACCAAAGGAGGCAAAACCUACCAGGUGCCCGUCCCUCUGAAGGACAAUCGGAAGCGCUUCCUGGCCAUGAAGUGGUUGAUCACCGAGUGCAGGGAGAACAAGCACCGCCGGACACUGAUGCCUGAGAAGCUCUCCCAGGAGCUGCUCUUGGCCUUCAAAAACGAAGGGCCCGUCAUCAAGAGGAAGCACGCCCUGCACAAGAUGGCAGAGGCCAACAGGGCUUACGCCCACUUCCGCUGGCAGUAGGGACUCACAGGGACACGGUGCCACGGCCUGGAGAGCAGAGCCCCAGGGCUGCCUGCCUGGGAGAGGCUGGGGAGAGGAGGGAAGGGUGGACCAUCCCUUCCAGACUGCUGCUGAUCAAACCCAGGGAGAGCUCACACCAUCCCCAUGAGGUUCAUUUCCUUUGUGCUUGUUUGGAUGGGGGAAGGGGGAAUCUGAGUUACCGACCCUGGCAGGGAUGCUCUAGUUCUUUCAUAAUCACUUUCCUGUGAAGACAAGCCUUAGAUGUUUUUCUUAGAGCAAUGUCAUCUUUCACUUACCUGUUUCCUGGGGACUUGGAAGUCUCUCUGCUCCUGAAAUCAGCAACGUUUCUGGCUGCACAGCUAAGAGCAGAGCUGGAUUUUUUCCAUACCACAACCAGCCUUAGCAGGAAUGGAACAACAGGUAAUAAAAGGCCCUUUUUCAUUUUUGGUUCUGAUCAUCAGCAACACUGUCUGCACAGAUUUGAUGGGAAUGGUAACAAGAAAAUAAAACCAGUUUUAUGGGGAAGGUUUCUCAAUUCCAAA